AUGGCAAUGCAUGUUGAUCCUGUAAGUGACCAUGAUGAUGACCUGGAGGAAGAGGAAGAAAAUUAUGCUGAAACUUUUAGCAUAGACAACUUGAAACAACUUGCUCUCUCCAUGAUAAUGAAGCUUAAAUCUACUGCUGCUGUGCCUUUUACUGUAAUUGAACAUGUCAUACGUGGUACAAAGGUUAUGUUCCAAGACACCCUUACAACACUUAAGCAUAAUAUGUUGCAUGUAAUGCAAAUGCACGAGGUUGAUACAACGUCAGACGAUGUUCAACGUCUGUGCGCAAAGUUUUCAUCUUUCGAAAACCCAUACUUAGGUAUUGAAACACCAAGGCAACAAAUAAAUUACAUGGUUGACAAUCUUAUGUUGGUUCUUCCAAAAGAGAUAGCAUUGGGCACGCGGGUAGAUCAGGUAGAAGAUAGGAUUACUGGAGAAUAUGUACCGAAGGUAGUAACAGAAACAUUUCAGUACAUCCCAGUACUAGAUGUUCUUAAGCUUGUUCUUAAACCAGAAGUCCAAGGCCUAAUUGAUAGAGAAAAGACCUCGCCACCCGGUUAUCUUAGAGGAUUCCAGGAUGGGCAGCAAUACCAACAACAUGGUAUUUUUAAAACCCACCCUAAAGCAUUGCGACUUCAGCUUUUCUACGAUGACGUAGAAGUUACAAAUCCCCUCGGUAGCAAGACAGGCAUCCAUAAAUUAGGUCUCUUCUACUACACGAUUCAAAACCUGCCUUUUAACGUAAAUACUUCCAUGAAUAGUGUGUUUCUUUUAGCUGUUUGCUAUACUUCUGAUAUAAAGAAGUAUGGCUUCCAGCCAAUCCUUGAUCCCUUCAUCAAGGAAAUAAAACAACUGGAAAGUGACAGUGGGGUCAAACUUCAUUGGGAUGGUAGUGUUUGCGAGGUUCAUGGUACUUUGGUCUCGUACAGUACAGAUACCUUGGCUGCACAUGAAUUGCUGGGUUUCUUGAGUCCGUCUGCUAAUUUGCUAUGUAGGUUAUGCAAGGCAACCCGAGAGACGAUCCAAAUCUAUUUUGAGGAAGAUGACUUUGAACAGCGUGAAAUAGAUGACCAUGAUGACUCUGUUGAAGCUGCUGCCCUUCUCCGAAAUGGAGAUUCUGGGACAGGUGUCCGCACUUCAUGCUCGUUAAACAAUUUGCAGAACUUCCACUGUGUUACAAAUUAUAAUCUUGAUGUGAUGCAUGAUAUGCUUGAAGGUGUGUGCCCCUAUGAAGUAAAGCUUUUGCUUAACCACUUUACAUUCUCUGAGCAGUUCUUCACAUUGUCAAAAUUGAACCAACGUAUAAGAUCUUUCCACUAUUCCAAAACUGAUAAGAAGAAUAAACCAACUGUUCUAGCAUCGGAUCGAUUGCGAAACAGCAAGGACCAUAAAUUGGCGCAAAAAGCAGCACAGAUGUGGUGUCUUGUUCGAAUGCUUCCACUUCUUGUUGGAGAUCUAAUUCCACAAGGGAAUAUUCACUACAGUCUGUUGCUAUUGCUCCUUCAAUGCAUGGAUAUCAUAUAUGCCCCUUUGGUCGCCUUUAAGUCAAACUGUUUACCUGAAGCACUUGAUUGCUGA